AUGUCUACCAUAGAGAGGUUCGUGCAACCGGCCAUACCAAGGUUCGAUGGCCAUUAUGACUUUUGGUCCAUGACGAUAGAAAACUUCUUACGAAGCAAAGAAUUGUGGCAGCUCGUAGAAGAGGGCAUUCCAGUGCUUGACGCCACAUCCACUGAGGUUCAACGCAAGAGUGUGGCAGAGUCCACUCUAAAGGAUCUAAAGGUAAAGAAUUACCUAUUCCAAGCUAUUGAUCGGGAGAUUUUGGAAACCAUAUUAGACAAAAGUACAUUGCAGGCAAUCUGGCAAUCCAUGCAGAAGAAAUAUCAAGGCUCAACAAGAGUAAAACGUGCUCAGCUUCAAGCACUACGUCGUGAGUUCGAGCUUUUAAGUAUGAAAGAAGGGGAGAAAGUAGAUGCAUACCUAGGACGCACUCUCAGUAUAGUCAACAAGAUGAAAUCAAACGGUGAGAAAGUAGAUUCUAGCACGGUAGUUAGCAAGAUACUCCGAUCGCUAACUUCCAAAUUCAACUACGUGGUGUGUUCCAUUGAGGAGUCUAACGACUUAAGCACCCUCAGCAUUGAUGAACUUCAUGGCAGUUUGCUUGUCCAUGAACAAAGAAUGCAAAGUCUUCAACCAGAGGAACAAGUAUUGAAAAUCACUCAUGAUGACCGAUCUGGAACAAGCCGUGGCCGUGGUCGUGGAUACAGUCGUGGCUGGGGGAGAGGUCGAGGCCGACAACCAUUAAACCGAGCACUCAUUGAAUGCUUUUACUAUCACAAGCUCGGCCACUUUCAGUAUGAAUGUCCCGAGUUUGAAAAAAAGGCUCACUACGCAACAUUUGACGAAUCAAAAGAAGCAGAAGAUGAGCUAUUACUAGCAACAUAUGAGGAGAUGCCACAAUCUGUCCAAGAGGAACACUGGUUUUUGGAUUCCGGCUGCAGCAAUCACAUGACCGGAAACAAGCUUUGGUUUACAGAAGUGAGGGAAGAGGGAUUUAAUCGAUCUGUUAAACUCGGAAACAACACAACAAUGGCUGUCACUGCGAAAGGUAGCAUUCGAAUUCAAAUUAAUGGCACCUCUCAUGUCAUCACCAAUGUUUACUAUGUUCCAGAGCUUAAGACCAAUCUCUUAAGUCUAGGGCAACUCCAAGAGAAAGGUUUAGCUGUUCUAUUUCAAAAUGAUACGUGCAAAAUAUACCAUCCAGAUUGA